GGGAUAGGAUAUGAGAUGUUCCCGGAAGUCCUAUAUUUGGCGUUCGCCGAGCAGGAGUCAUGGCUGCUUACAUUGUUUAAGGCUAGUUAGCCUUUCGCUGUAUAUUAAUUUGAACAAGACUGGAAUCAAUACCUCGAACAUUAAGCCCUUAGUUAUGAUAUCGUAAACCAUUUGCCGGCGCACAACAGUCAGCUCGUAAUGUCAAAGGGUUUUUGUACCUCAUCAUUUUGCUAUUAGCUAGCUAGCUAUACCAAACAUAGACCUGUUAGCUAGCCUAGCUAGCAAACGAUAGCUGAUUCAGGUAACGUUAGCUGGCUGCUUUGCCGGCCGUAGACUGCGUAUUAUUUUAUUGCUAUUCGUCUUGUCUGCACAUUAUUGCAAAGUCAGGGGCUUCUUUUAAUCGUUUUGAGCCUCAAUGCCCGAACAAGGCCCUAGGAUGAAUGGUUUCUCCCUCGGCGAACUAUGCUGGCUGUUCUGCUGCCCGCCCUGUCCAAGUCGUAUCGCAGCUAAGUUAGCAUUUCUCCCCCCGGAGCCGACGUACUCCGUGCACACUGAUGCAAAUGGGACGACAAGCCUUCAUUUAACCGAACGUGCUGACUGGCAAUAUUCCCAACGUGAAUUGGAUGCAGUCGAGGUAUUCAACACCCGGACGAGUAGAGGAAACCGGGUUGGGUGCAUGUUCGUCCGAUGUGCUCCAAACAGUCGGUAUACAUUACUGUUUUCCCACGGCAACGCGGUUGACCUGGGUCAGAUGUGCAGUUUCUACAUUGGCCUGGGCUCGAGAAUCAACUGCAACGUCUUCUCGUAUGAUUACUCUGGCUACGGCGUUAGCAGUGGGAAACCAUCAGAGAAGAAUCUUUAUGCCGAUAUCGAAGCAGCCUGGCAAGUUCUCAGGAACAAGUAUGGAGUGACGCCAGAGAACAUCAUCCUUUACGGCCAGAGCAUUGGCACGGUGCCCACGGUGGACCUGGCGUCUCGUUACGAAUGUGCUGCAGUCAUCCUGCACUCCCCGCUCAUGUCCGGCCUGCGCGUGGCCUUCCCAGACACCCGCAAGACGUACUGCUUUGAUGCCUUCCCCAGCAUUGAUAAGGUGUCUAAGGUGGCGUCCCCCGUGCUGGUCAUUCACGGCACCGAGGAUGAGGUGAUCGACUUCUCUCACGGCCUGGCCAUCUACGAGCGCUGCCCGAGAGCUGUGGAGCCCCUGUGGGUGGAAGGGGCCGGCCACAACGACAUUGAGCUCUACGCCCAGUACCUGGAGAGGCUCAAGCAGUUCAUCUCCUUUGAGCUGCCCGCCUCCUGAAGAACCUCGCCCCAUCCACCCCCCCGCCCCCCCAUGCUCCCACUCCAGCGCGUGUUCAGUCAGUAGACCCCAACAUGGCACAUAUUUGAACUGGUCCUCCGUGAAAAGGGAGUUGAGGAUCUGAUCAGUAUUUUGCACUUGCUACCAAAAGCUGAACAUUUUCCCAGCCUCUUGAAGAUAGGAUCGCCCACUCUGUCUCUGUUGGGGUUGGGACUGGUUGGGGGAUGGGGGAUGAUGCAUUUUAAAUCAUUUUGAAGUGGACUUUGUAUUUUUUUUAUAUACCUGACAAAGAACACUGACAUUUUUUUGCACCUCACUUUGAGUAUUAAAUGUUUUGUUGUUAUUUCUUCUCUCCCUUUGACUGAUUUUGUUUUGACUACCCAUGUAGGGUAAACAGAUGCACUUUUUUUGUGCUGAAAUUUUCAGGUGAUCGCUCUUUAUGUUCUGAUGUGCUGUUUUGUUUUCUUUUUUUCUUUUGUUGAUUUUCUUGACAUUCCAUUUUAAUCUCCUUGCAGAGAAUGAGAGGAAUUCAGUCUUUUUUUUUUUUUUUUUUUUUCUCGUUAUCUGACAUGGCCAGUGCGUGGUGUGUGUGUGUGUGUGUGGUAUAACUACACUACCCAGGGAACACUCCUCAAUGAGAAUCUUAAGCUGUGCUGUUGACAACUGGAACAUCUGUGGUAAUGACUCCUGGCCUGAAUGAAGUAUCAACUUGUACUGUGUGGGACUGUGGGCUCGGUAGGCUAAUGGGAACAGGGUCUGGGGUAUGGGAAAGGUAUGGGAAUGGGGUUUGUGAGCUCUGAGAAAUGAUGCUUCGUGUUUAUUGCGGCAAGCGGGGCAUUCUAGCUGGGCAUGUGCCAUGUGUCAUGUCCAAGUAAGUCAUGACAUGAUGGUGUGUACAAAUCAGUCAAACAAUGCUUCAUUUUUUUUUAUUUUGGAGGAGGAGGGGGAGGAUUAACACUACAUCAAAAGCCUUAUGUCUUUUGACAUUUAGUUCCAACAUUCCUCUUAAUAAAUCUAGGAUGAGGGGUUUCCAUGAUGUUUUUUGGUUUGGAAGGGGGUACUGCUAGCUGCUAUUUGUUGGAUAAAUCACUGUGAAACCAGACUUUGCUCCCACAAGGUACAGGACUUAACACUGACAACACGGUCAUCUCUCAGCUGCUGCAUCAACAUCUUACUCGCUCCCCUUAAAAACACUAACCCUCUUUUCAGUAAUGAGGUCCUAUCUUAGCAAUGGGAUGACUUGGCAUUUUCAUAUGGAUAGAUGUCAGGAGCAUAACAUAGGGCCAUCAUCAUUUUUGGAUCCUCAAUUCUAAUUUUUUUUUGCAACUGCUUAUUGUCAUGAAGGAACAAACUUUCCUCAACGAGAGGAGUAAUUACUGUUAUUAGCUUGUCACCAAUGCUGGAUAAAUGACAUUUGAAGGAUUCUUUUUUUUGUUUUGUUUUGUAAAGGGACUUGUGGUUGGUGUUAUUGUGUUGCUGUAAGGUGAUGUGUGGGAGGGAAGGGGAGGGGCUUCUCUCCCUUCUCACAGUGCUGGUUUGGCUUUUGUCUCACGGAAUGUUGUUGUUCUCUUGUCAUGAUUGAAGAAAUGAGACCUCCUUGUCUAAUAUUGCUCCUUAAUGUUUUUUUUAAUAUACCUUUUUAGGGAAUGACUGAAGAUUAAACUAAUGGAGCCCUGUUGUUGCUUUUGAUACUGAUGUUUUUACAGUUUCCAGUAACUAAAUCUAUUUACACCUCUUUAAAUGCUGGUUUGUAAGAUAAUGAACUACACACCUAUCUCAUCUAUAGACAUGUAAUACAUGAAUAAUGGUAUAUAGCCUUGAUUUUCUUUUUUUUGUUGACACUGGAAUAACUGUAUGCAACUAUAAUGCAGAAAACCUAGGUGGUACAAAAUGUUGUUAGUGUAAGUUUUGACUAUAAAAUCAAAAGCCUUAAAUGUGCCGUGAGACAGAUUAAUGUUCUUCAUGUUGGCUUUUGUUGCUUCAAAGCAGCAACAGUGGAUGUCGUUUUGCUCAUAAUGGAAUAAAGGAUGCAUGGAAUCUCA